AUGGAUGCAGAGGUGCCCCGAGUGCCCACUCCCCCGAGUCCCCUGGCCCAGGCACCUCCGGAGGAAGAUGACCAGGAGGCGGAGGUCGCCACCGUGAUCCUGGAGGACAACUCUUGGGUCCAGGAGGCUGUGCUGCAGGAGGACGGCCCCGGGUCCGAGCCCUUCUCCCAGAACGCUGGCAAGGGCGGCCCCGGCGAGGAGGCGGCUAGGGGGCCGCAGGGCGCGCUGGGCCGCCUCCGAGAGCUCUGCCGGCGCUGGCUGAGGCCGGAGGUGCACACCAAGGAGCAGAUGCUGACCCUGAUGCCCAGGGAGAUCCAGGCCUGGCUGCAGGAGCACAGGCCCGAGAGCAGCGAGGAGACGGUGGCCCUGAUGGAAGACUUGACCCAGAGCCUUCGGGACAGUGAUUUUGAGAUCCAGAGUGAAAACGGGGAGAACUCUAACCAAGACUUGUUUGAGAAUGUGGAAUCCCGUGGGAUCUUCUCAGAAGCACCCGAAGGGGAAGGCGUUGGGCAGUGUGACUGGGAGAGUGACUUUGAAAGAGACUGUGGCUCCGGGGGUCCCCGGGGAAAGGCCUCCAGGGAAGACCGCAGGGCCGUGCCGUCUCAGGGCCGGGAAGCCGAACAGCUCAUCGGCCUUCAGGGCACCUACCUGGGCGAGAAGCCCUACGAGUGCCCCCAGUGUGGGAAAACCUUCAGCCGGAAAUCCCACCUCAUCACGCACGAGCGGACCCACACGGGAGAGAAGUACUACAAAUGCGACGAGUGUGGGAAAAGCUUCAGCGACGGUUCCAACUUCAGCAGGCACCAGACGACGCACACCGGGGAGAGGCCUUACAAGUGCCGGGACUGUGGGAAAAGCUUCAGCCGCAGCGCGAACCUCGUCACCCACCAGAGGGUCCACACGGGCGAGAAGCCCUUCCAGUGCGCCGAGUGCGGCAAGAGUUUCAGCAGGAGCCCCAACCUCAUCGCUCACCAGCGCACCCACACGGGGGAGAAGCCGUACUCCUGCCCGUUGUGCGGCAAGAGCUUCGGCAACCGGUCCAGCCUGAACACGCACCAGGGGAUCCACACUGGGGAGAGGCCCUACGAGUGCAAGGACUGCGGCGAGAGCUUCAGCUACAACUCCAACCUCAUCCGGCACCAGAGGAUCCACACGGGGGAGAAGCCGUACAAAUGCCCCGACUGCGGGCAGAGGUUCAGCCAGAGCUCGGCCCUCAUCACCCACCGCAGGACUCACACGGGGGAGAAGCCCUACCAGUGCGCCGAGUGCGGGAAAAGCUUCAGCCGCAGCUCCAACCUGGCCACCCACCGCCGGACCCACCUGGCGGAGAAGCCCUACAAGUGUGGGGAGUGCGGGAAGAGCUUCAGCCAGAGCUCCAGCCUCAUCGCCCACCGCGGGAUGCACACGGGCGAGAAGCCCUACGAGUGCCUGACCUGCGGCGAGAGCUUCAGCUGGAGCUCCAACCUCGUCAAGCACCAGCGGAUCCACACGGGCGAGAGGCCCUACAAGUGCGGCGAGUGCGGCAAGGCCUUCGGCCAGCGCUCCCAGCUGGUGGUGCACCGGCGGACCCACACGGGCGAGAAGCCCUACGUGUGCCUCAUGUGCGGCAAGAGCUUCAGCCGCGGCUCCAUCCUGGUCAUGCACCAGAGGGCCCACCUCGGGGACAAGCCCUACAGGUGCCCGGAGUGCGGGAAGGGCUUCAGCUGGAAUUCGGUGCUCAUCGUACACCAGCGAAUCCACACGGGGGAGAAGCCCUACAAGUGCCCCGAGUGUGGCAAAGGCUUCAGCAACAGCUCCAAUUUCAUCACGCACCAGAGAACGCACACGAAAGGGAAACUCUAUUGA